CGAAAUCUGAGAGAGAAGUUCCUUUAGUGUCCUAACUAAUAGCCAAUCACAGUAGCGUUUGUGUGCGUCACGUGUUGCCUGUGCUAGUGACCCACCGAGUUUCGCGCUUCUACACUGCAUUGCUCUCAGUGGUUCCAGGGAGAAAUGGCAGAUAUGUCGCAAAUGCGAGUGACCGAUUUUUUCGCUCAAAGUAAGCGGGGCUCCGCUGCCCAGAACUCCAAAAGACGUAAGGCAGAACCCGUGCUGGAGACACGCCGCACUGUGACUCGCAGUAAGGCGGCCUCGAUUAAAGCCGAGGAGAUACUCAGGUCGCCCCGCACCCCGGAACGCAAUUCACCUACAGUGACCCAGUCGUUUCUUGGGCCUAGCAGCAAGAAGCGAGCUCGGCACGAUUCUGACUCUGAGCCGCUGCGGACUCAAAGGCAGGGGAAAUCGGCGAGAAAAAAACUAAAGCUUCCAGAGGGGGAAGAUGGAGGCUUGGUCCAGCAGAAGAUUUCUAGUCCAUGCAACAAAGUGGCUUUGGAACAUGCUACACCUAGUUCGUUGGGAAAGAAGAUUAAGGACAUGGUCAAUGUGUCUUUAUCUCCAAAGUUAAAUGAACUGGAAAGAAACCAAACCACACCAGAGACAAAGGCACCUGCAAAGGAGAAUCUGCCGGAACUUAAGUCUCGUUUACAGAGGAUUCAGGAGCUGGCACAAAAAGUUAACCUUCCUGUUGCAUCUUCAGAGGGCAAAGUCACUAUCGCAGAUUUGAAAGCAAGACUCAAGCGUGCUCAAGAAUUAGAUACGAAGAUCAGAGCAAAGACUGAUACGCAGGUUGUUGAAUUUACACAGCCACCUGCCCAAGAGAGUGAAAAAGCCCCAGCCUAUCAACGUUUUCAUAAUCUUGCUCAAGAUACAGCUCCAGGGCUGUCUUUGCCAUAUAAAUAUAAAGUUCUUGCAGAGAUGUUCCGUAGUAUGGACACAAUUGUGGGAAUGCUCUUUAACCGCUCAGAGACUAUCACAUUCUCCAAAGUGAAACAAGGCGUUCAAGACAUGAUGAGAAAGCAAUUUGAACAGCGUAAUGUUGGUCAGAUAAAGACUGUAUAUCCAACUGCCUACAAAUAUAGACAAGAGAAGAACAUACCAACCUUUAAGGAUGGAGUAAAGAAAACGGACUAUCAGCUUACUAUAGAUCCAUUAAUUGAUGAAGGUGAUAAGUUAAAUGGACGUCCGCAUCUUUCAGCAUCGUCUCUGUUGCAGCGUAGACAGCUGUUUCACAGAAGUCUUACCAGUAUAGUCAAACAGCAUCACAAGGUUUUCCUGGCAUCCCUAAAUCCUCCCAUGGUUGUGCCAGAUGAUAAGCUAACCCGAUGGCAUCCACGAUUUAAUGUUGAUGAGGUGCCUGAUGUUAUGCCAUCUGAACUUCCAUUGCCGCCGCAGGUGGAGAAGCUCACAACUGCUCAAGAGGUGUUGUCCAAAGCUAGAGGCAUGAUUACACCAAAGAUGGAAAAGGCCCUUGCAAACCUGGCUCUGAAAACAGCAGAGAAUGCUGGGGAACCAAAAAAUGUAUCUAGUGAGGAGACUAAAUCUGCAGCAACAGCUUCUACAUCAAAUGCACUAAAAGGAGUAUCGCAAUCUCUGCUAGAACGGAUACGUGCUAAAGAAGCUCAGAAGCUGCAGGCAAUGAUGACCCGCAGACCACAGCAAGAAGAGCGUCUUCUCAUGAUGUCAAGGCUACCAGAACUGGCUAGAAUCCUGCGCAAUGUGUUUGUGGCAGAAAAGAAGCCCGCAUUGACACUGGAGGUCACUUGCAACAGAGUUAUUUCUAGCUACCGUUCUUCCAUGUCGCCAGGUGAGAUGGAAAAACACCUUGCUUUGCUAUCAGAGAUCCUGCCCGACUGGCUCAGCAUUCACCCAAUCAGAAAGGAUACUUAUUAUAAACUAAACAAAUCUAUGGACCUUAAUCUUAUUAUUGAACGACUGGCUAAGAAAACAAAGGAAGAAGAGUCCCUCUAGUUUUUUUUUUUUAAUACACUGGAUGUAUUCAUUUUAAAAUGUGCAAUUUACAGUUGGAGACCAGUGGUCUAUUGUGAUAAGUUACUAGCCCAAAAGUGUCAUUGAAAUUGAAUUCAACUUUUAAGUAGUGGCUUUAAUUUACAGGUAUAAUGGUAUAUUUGGGUUGUCUAAAUCUUACAAACUUUAAAUCAUAUGCAUGCAUUAUAAAUGAUGGUGGGCUCAACCUACCAUGUUAUUUACUGUGAUAGAUUACGGUGUUCAUCCGGAAAACACCUCUAUUGCUGAAAGGUUAAUAUUCAUAAAAAAAUAAAUACAGCAGCACUCCAAUAAUUUGUAUGGUGUAAUCUGUAUACGCUACACAUGAUUGGAGUGCUGUUAGAUUUUUUUUUUUUCCCCUCUAUUAAACUUAAACACUAGUCCAUUUCAAUGCAUGGCAGAUAAACAGUAUUAAGAUAAAGUAUUUGGAACAAUGGCAAUGUUUCCGCAGGUAGUUGGAACAACAUUUUUUCUUUUACCAUGAUUGCAAAAUACUAUUAUAAAGAUGUUCCCCCUCCAUAACUGUUUUCCAAAGCAAUGUGUUGUCUUUAUCUUUGGAUUAAACUCGUUUUUACAAUCUAGUUUUGGUCAGUGUGCGAUAAAGUUACAGGCAGUGAAAUUUAUAAAAUUGUAAGCAGAAUUAACCACAAUGCAUGGCAAUAACAAGACUAUUUCUAAUGCUA